UAUGAUUAUUGAUCUCUGGCUCGACCUCAGCUCAGCACAAAGGAAAAAUGGGUGUGGGUGAGGAGGUGAAGGUGGUGGAGUCGUUCGUGGUGAGUCCUUCCAGGGAAACGCCGAGGAAAAGCCUGCCGCUUUCCCCACUCGAUCUCGUGCUGGCCAACAGAGGCCACACUCCUCUUGUGUUCUUCUACCGCUCCUGCGCCGCCGCCGACUCCGAGGACGACAUCUUCUUCGACGUGGCUAGGCUGAAGGCGGCCAUGGCCACGGCUCUCGUGUCCUUCUACCCCUUGGCAUGCCGUCUCGGCGUGGACGGCGACGGCCGGGCGCAGAUCGACUGUGCCGAGCAGGGCUUGCCCUUUUUCGUCGCUCAGUCCGACCUCACGCUGGACAACUUCAUCAACUUCAAGCCCUCGCCGGAGCUACGGAGGCUCUUUGUUCCACGACUGGACGACUCGCCGUCCGUCGUGUGCGCUAUCCAGGUUACCUUCUUGAGGUGUGGCGGGGCAGCCUUAGGGGUAGCGGUGCACCACGCCGUCGUCGACGGCAUCAGCACGUGCCACUUCCUUCGGACGUGGGCCGCCUUCUCCUCCGGGGACGGCGCUGCGGCGGCGGCGCUGGAGCCCCCGUGCCACGACCGCACCCUCCUCCGCGCUCGUUCACCGCCGAUUGUCCACCCCGACGCUCUCUCCGUCUUCUGCCCGAAGCUAAGUCCAUCUCAGUCUGAUACUAUGCCGGACGCCGUGGUCAACGAGAUUUUCACCAUCUCCAUGGACCAAGUUGCGGCUCUUAAGCGUUCCUGCAGCUUUGGCCGCGGCGACAUCAGCACCUUCUGCGCCAUGAGCGCCCUUGUGUGGCGGUGCGUGUGCGCCGCCCGCCGGCUGCAGCCUGACGCCAUGACGCGCCUCACCUUCCAGGCUAACGUCCGACGGAGGCUGAGGCCGCCGAUCCCGGACAGCUACUUCGGCAACGGGAUUAUCAUGCUUUGCGCCACCGGCAAGGUGCGGGACAUUGCCUCGGAGUCGGAGGAGCAGCUGGCCUCCGUCGCUGGCCGGAUCGGAGGCGCCAUCCGCCGUAUGAACGAUGAGCUUGUGCGUUCGGCGAUCGACUACAUGGAGCUGGACAUGGCCGCCGGCCUGCUGGCUACGCCUGCGGGGGGGAUGUCCGAGACUGAGCUGACGGUGGUCAGCUGGCUAGGCAUGCCGUUCUACGACGUGGAUUUUGGGUGGGGAAAGCCUCUGGUGAUGCAUCGCGCCGUGCAGCAGCGGGCCGGGCUCGUCUACCUCAUGGACGGCGCCGGCGGCAGCGUGCGCGUCCUUGCCUCCAUGGAGCCUGCGACUCUCAACGACUUCCGGCGCCUGCUAUAUGGCAACACAGCCAAGCUCUAGCGCACCCUGCUAUGUUUAAUCGUGUUUCAAAUAAGCUCGUUUUGUUAUCAGGUGGUGGAACAUUACCUGGGCCUUGAUGUUCGUGGAACAAAAGAUUCUCAGAUUAUAAUGCCCGUGUUGCUAGGGGGCAAUAACUAAACGUACUUUCUCUGUCUUAACUCUUAAAAUAAACAGAUUUACUAA